AUGACUGGCGAUAUUAUAAAGAUCGGUACGUGGUAUGACUACGAGGAGGGUGGUGUCUGGGGUUGGAACUUCACAGUGAGCAGUGAGCAGGCCACAAUUAUCACGGCUUUGUUAGCCCUUGGGCUCCAGACAACAGGCCUCAGGUCAUGGAAAAUAUUCCGUUAUAUUCUUCACCGUUCUCGACGACACGAUGUACCCCGAGAUGCUAUGAUUAGAGAGCAAGAGGUCCUUCUAAGGAAUGAAGGCAGCGAUAUUGGAGCUGUGUUUGGAAUGGCUUCACUGCUUUCGACCUGGAGGACCUUUGGCAGCCUAGCUCCAGGUGACAUCCUCAAGUCCUCUCGACGAUCCUCCUGGAAGAUACUAGGUAUCGGGUUGAUUCACUGGUUAUGCUUCCUUAUUCUCGCCACUUGGCUCCCGCUCGUUCUCUCGAAGGGCAAACCGAAUGCAUUGGUAUUAAUGGAAGACUUAAAAUGUGUGAUGCCUAGCAGCAAAUCAGGGCUUUUCGACUCUCGCCUUGGGCUGGUUAGCAAUGAAAUGCCCGGACGUGCUGCUUCAGCGGUAGCCAGAUGGUACUAUGACACAUGUUAUCGCGAUGGAGGCUAUGCAGUCGAUUGCAGUCGCUUUUCGAGACGAAAUAUCCCUUGGUCUGAACAUCGAAAGGGGCUGAGGUGCCCUUUCCGUGAGGGCGCCUGCGUUAAUAAGACACAGCCGAUAUCAUUCGAUACAGGACACCUUUCUCCGCUGAUAUUCGGGAAAAACACUAAAGAAGCCAUCGAUAUUACUAUCAGACGACGCACAACCUGCUCGCCUAUCAUGCCGGAUAUCUUUGCAACAUUGCCGCCUAAUCCUGUUCAAGGAUAUCACUACUUCAACUUUAGUGUCGAGUCGAAUCCGAAGGUCUCCUCGCUGACUGGUGGCACUCCACUUAAUGUUCGCAUCGGCCGUAGUUCCCGGAAUGACUACGAAGUGGUAGCUGUUGCAAGAAGUGGUCCUUACCGGACAAAGGCCAUGAAAGAGCCAUACAUGCACCCCGCUCUAAACAGAUCAGAUGCCGAGAUUGUUAUUGUGCUUGUAAAUAAAGAAGGUGUGAAAUACCGGACUGAAGUGGAUGAUGUUCUUUUUGGCGCUCACGCUACACGAGAGAACUUUCGAAACACUUCAGGCCUCUGGUACAAUAACCCCGAUGACAACGGAUAUACCCCAGAAGAUCUCAUCUCGCUGCAUAGAGAUGACAGAGAAUAUGACAACUGGUAUUACUCCGAUGACCCAGUUGGCAUGAUUGGCUGCGCAGACCAGAUGGAGAUAUGCCUUGUUCCAUCGAAUACCUGUUCAGGACUCGUUUCUGUCCCCUCUUCAUCUGCAAGUCUCCUGAACAUAUUCCCAACAUUGAGAGAAUUGGAGGCUUUCUUCAAGUCAUUUUCACCCGAUACUGGCGCAGGCUUUGUUGUGGGAAGCAAUAUUAUUUCACACCUAAAAGAGUUUGGUCCAGAGGUACUUGAUGUGCGACGAUAUGGCCUAGGGUUUGGUGAUGGGAAGCAAAAUGCACCUCGCAGCGGUCUCUGGGAGAAUGAAGCGAGGACGUGGUUCGGAGCGUCAAUUGCUGGCAUGCAGUUUUCAGUGGUCCAAAACACAGCUAUGUUUUUACUACCUGAGAAGCGACAGGACUACAAACGGGCGAUCAAAGCCGUGAAAGGGUAUCAACCGUCUAGCAAAGACUGCUGGACAGUUAAGGUUCGCUCAUCUGAGCAUGAAACUCUCAGUCUUUUCGGUGUACUACUUCUCAUUUUAAUCUCUACAAUUAUCUUCGGUAUCAGCAGCCUGGACGGAUUGGUACAACGGACCACCUUUCGAUCCCGACCUCAUCAAGUUCUAGCAUGGGAGCUUGAUACAGCCCAGCAGCUUGUCCGCCAACUGCACUAUCUGAUACGGCCCGUUGUUGUUCAUCCGACUGUUCUUGACGCGCCGCCGACAGCUGUUGGAACAACAGGGAUACCGAGCCUCAAGAGAGAAAACGGAAGUCACUGGAUUGCGAAUUACUCUUUGAAUCGAGACGGAGAUACCAGUAGUGCCCCACAGCCAACCCUCAACAAUAUAGCCAAGACAUUGACAGGUGAGAAACCAGCGUUUGCGCUUUUAUAA